AUGGUGGUGAACGAAACUGGUAUAGCCUCGUUGCAAUGCGACGUUAAAGGAAAUCCAGCGCCUCAGGUCACGUGGCUGAAAGAGAAUUCUAGCCUUCCCGCGGACAAGCGAGUAUUCCAGUCACGUGAUGGUCUGAUUAUUACCGAUGUGACGUCACAGGAUAGUGGAUUGUACACAUGCGAAGCAAAAAAUUUUCUUGGAGCAGUAUCGUCCUCGGCCACAUUGACUGUGCAAGGUAAUAAAGUUAAAAAAAUUGUUUCCGCCUAGCAAAUGUUAAAUAGAGGAAGCAGCCUUAAAAGAAAAACUAGACAUUCAAAAUGCUCAUGCUGUGAGACUUUGAAGUGAAUUGAAUCCAGUGGAAGCUCUCUUGACAGACACUCUUAUAAGUGGACUGCUGCAUUUUCGGCCGUUUUCACAAAACUGCGUUUUUCUCGACUCCCAUAGAAACUCUGAAUUUUUCAUUCCAGUAAGCAGCCAGCAGCUCCAGUUACGAACACCUUUUUCACAUCCCAAGGGUGACCGCUUACGAGAGCGUCCACUGUAUAUUAUACCGCUUUAUUCCAGAAAUCGACGAUUUCUUUUCCAUUUUUUAGUAUAGGUAAUUUCCUAUCUAUUCAGCCAUGAUAACAAGACCAACAACGACCAUUGAGUCUUGAUAACGUUACCGUGAACGCUUCUUGAGACGCUUACCUUUUCCCUUUCUCUAACCGUGGAAAUUCAUUUUCAACCCGGUUCAAAUUGUUGUUGCUUUUAAAAUCCCAACCCUCUGAGGUUAUGCUCAUCUUUUUUUAUGCCUUACACCGCCUCGGGGUGGGGCAAUUCGGGAGGGAAUACCCAUGGGCUUCUUCCCCGGAAAAACGGUAACACAUCACUGAUGGUUAUUUUCUCUUUUUACAUAAAAGCUGUCGUCAAGCCAACGUCUCUACUGCGCAAUCCCACGUCCUGCAGCAGCUUAAAAACAGGCUCUUCAGGAGAUUACAUAAUCGAUCCUGAUGGCGACGGAGGCGUGUCUCCCUUCAACGUGUAUUGUGACAUGCGUGACAAAGGAGGAAUUGGCGUGACAAUCAUCAGUCACGAUAGUGAGAAUAGAACCCAUGUUGGUAACAUUCCAGGUUGCAGUGGAGUGGGUUGCUACAGUAAAAAGGUAAAUUAUACUGGAGUCAGCAUCGCCCAGCUAGAGGCACUCUCUCAAGUCUCGCAGGAAUGUGAACAGUUUAUCAAGUUUGAAUGCAACAAUGAUGUUCAGUUUAUUCAGGCCAGCUAUGCAUGGUGGGAGUCACGUGAUGGAACACGGAUGUACUACUGGGGUGGCGCAACUGGUUACACCAACAUGUGCGCUUGCGGAGUAACAAACUCGUGCUCCAAUGGUGAAAAGUGCAACUGCGAUUAUGGGGGCUACAGCAGUGGAUGGAGAGAGGACAGCGGUCUGCUGACAGAUAAGUCUGCUCUUCCCGUAACACAGAUCAAACUGGGAGACUUGGAUAGCUCAAAUGAGGAAGGAUAUCUCACAUUAGGAAAACUGAAAUGUUACGGGAAAGUAUAA